AGUGAAAGAGAGUUCAGAAAGAGGAGCUAGAGUAGUAAAUGUAGAGUGAGAUAAAGAUGUUGUUGACAGGAACAGAAGCAGAAGUGCAGAACUGCAAUCGAGCCAUCGGCAUCCCUCUCCCUGAUCCCUGCUCCAUCUCCGUGAGUCCGUCGGCAUCUCCACCGUCGAACAGAAGCAGCAAAGCACUUAAUCUUCUUGCUCCACUUCCGUCGGCAUCUCACUCACCAGUUCUCCAUCAGCCUCAUCCAUUUUGCUAAACUGAACAUCAGCAACAGAGUAUCCUAAUCUCCCUACAUCCCCACCAGCAGCUCAGCACCUUUCCUUCGUGGGCAGCUUCCUGACAAAGCUCACAGCCUCACGCCUCUGCCACUAAUCUUCCACUCCUUUACCAGCCCAAACAAAAGCAGCAAAGCAUAAUAGAUCGUCCCUGAUUUUGCUCACAUCGCCACCUGAUUUUGCUCACACCGCCACCACUCAUCUUCCUCUCCUUCACCAAACCAAAAAGAAGUAGCAAAGGAAACAGAUCAUCCCAACAGAGGCAGCCCGUGACUCCGUGACUCAUUCUCUCCUCUUGGGCAUUUGAUUUAAGUGAGAUUUUUAGCUUUUACCUUGAAAUUCAUUCUCAAAUUCACAUGUUUUACAAGUUUAUUAAUUGUUAAUAGAAAUUAAUUCAUUGU